UUCACACGCAUCCUCUCGAAUCCCGUAAUAAAUUCCCACUUUUUCCAUUUCUAUUUAUGAACCAAACAAUUCCUCCAAUCCAAACUAAAACACCAAAAGGGAACAGAGAGCCAACUCUUACUUGUUCUCUUCCCCCGAUGAACGCCGCCGUUUUCCGGGAGACUUCCGGUGUCGGAAACGGUAGCGACGACUGCGAAGACGACGGAGAAGAAUCCAGUAAUGUCUACGACGGCGAGGUAGAGACGACGGAUCCGAUCACGAAGACGAAGAAGGAGCUCAAGGGCUUUUUCACUUCCCUCUUGUUGAUGGAGGAGGCGCACGAUAAGCAUGACCAGGAAUCUAGCGAUUUAGACUCCCGCCGCCAAAUGCUCGAUUUCCAGUCCAAUUACAGGAAAAGGGCAAGAACCAUGUCCGAUUAUUACUCCCAUCUUCAAGAUUAUUACACCGACGCCGACGAGACAUCCCGGAUCACCAGAAACAAGUCACGCUCCGUCGCCGCAGCCUCCGCCGCCGUCGUCGCCGGUUCCGAUCAGGAGAAUUCGAAUCCCGGGUCGGAUCCGGGUCAGGGUCAGCAGAGGAGGUUGUGGGUGAAGGACAGGAGUGGAGCAUGGUGGGAGGAGUGUAGCCAUGAGGAUUACCCAGAGGAGGAUUUCAAGAGAGCGUUUAGGAUGUCCAGAUCGACGUUCGAAGCAAUCUGCGAAGAGCUGAACUCUGCGGUGGCUAAGGAAGAUACGGCUCUACGAAACGCGAUCCCGGUUCGUCAACGAGUAGCUGCCUGCAUAUGGCGGCUCGCUACCGGCGAGCCAUUAAGGCUCGUGUCCAAGAAAUUCGGCUUAGGGAUUUCGACUUGCCACAAGAUUGUUCUUGAGGUUUGUAAAGCCAUCAAGGAUGUCCUGAUGCCAAAGUACCUUCAAUGGCCAGAUGAUGAAGCUUUAAGAAACAUUACAGAAGAGUUUGAAUCGAUUUCGGGUGUGCCGAAUAUCGUGGGUUCGAUGUAUACCACUCAUGUUCCGAUUGUAGCUCCUAAGAUCAGUGUUUCAAUGUACUUCAACAAGCGGCACACGGAGAGGAACCAGAAGACUUCAUACUCGAUCACUAUUCAAGCCGUUGUGAACCCGAAAGGGGUUUUCACCGAUUUAUGCAUCGGUUGGCCAGGGUCGAUGCCUGAUGAUCAGGUUCUUGAGAAGUCUCUGUUGUAUCAAAGGGCUAGUAAUGGAGGUCUUUUGAACGGAAUGUGGGUUGUAGGAGGAAAGGGACACCCAUUACUGGACUGGGUAUUGGUUCCGUACACGCAGAAGAACCUAACGUGGGCUCAGCACGCGUUCAAUGAGAAUAUCGGGACGGUUCAAUGGGUGGCAAAGGAGGCAUUUGGGAGGCUGAAAGGAAGGUGGGCAUGUCUGCAGAAGAGGACAGAGGUUAAGUUACAGGAUUUACCUACAGUGCUGGGCGCCUGCUGUGUUCUUCACAACAUUUGUGAGAUAAAGGGUGAGAAUUUGGAUCCAGGGCUGGUUGCCCAAGUGAUGGAUGAUGAGGUUGUCCCGGAGAAUGCAUUGAGAUCGGUCCACGCCGUGAAGGCGAGGGACACAAUAGCUCAUAACCUUCUGCACCAUGGGCGGGCGGGCACUUCUUUCCUAUAAAUAGGACAUAUGGAUCUCGGAUGUUCUUCUUUACUCUUUCCUCUAAUUUUUUUUGGGGGCGUAAACUCUUUCUUCUUUGAUUCUUUGCUUCAUGCAUUGUACUGUACCUAAUAUCACAGAUGCUACUUAAAGAAGAAGAAGAAGCUUGCUUA